UUUACAUGCACAGGGAGCUUCGAGCCCUGUGAGUUUCCCGUCUGCCGGAGACGAUCGGAUCACCACACUUUAAAAUCAACACCAUAUCCAUACUGUCAGCAGGCUCAUCAAUCUCCUCCAUUGGGGUGCAGCAGCUUUAAUUGAAGAUGGCCACAAACUAUCCUUCCAGUAGUGAAACCACAAACUUUGCCCGACUGUCCCGACUAGUUAUCGACAUCUGUUCAGACCUUCUCAGAUCAGUGCUGAAAGUUACACUACCACCUCCAGGACUUACAGCCAUUCUACAGAGUCAGAGAGUUCACCUUUACAAAAAUCUUGAACGUCAUCAGCAACAGAUUUUAUAUCCCUCAGGUGGAGUGUUUACAGGUGCCCUUGGGGACUUGGACUUUACUCUUCUGUACAGACUGAUUCGAAAUAUCCAGGGUAUCAACAUACUACCACAUCAGAAAGGUUGGGGGAGGACACCAGACAAUGCAGACAGGUCCCUUUCAGCUAAUAUUGAUCGGUUGAGAGUCCAGAGGAAUGAAGCUUACGGACAUCUUCCCACAGCUUCACUGUCUGAUGCAGACUUUAACGGUAGGUGGGCCAUCAUCCGUCAGAGUGUCCUUGAAAUAGAAACGGGCACUCUUACAGGAGAUGUGUUUAUAACAGCUGUAGACGCUCUACUGACCAUGAGCAUGGACCCUGAUACAGAGAAGAGUUAUAUACAGGAACUUGAGAAACAAUACAAUGCUGAAUUGGAGGUCAAGGCCAUUGUACAGGAGAUAAAAGUUAAACAGGGGGACAUGGCAACAGACAUCAGUGAUGUUGCCACCAGACAGGGAGCCAUGGCAACCAACAUAAGUGAUGUUGCCACCAGACAUGGAGCCAUGGCAACCAACAUAAGUGAUGUUGCCACCAGACAGGGAGCCAUGGCAACCAACAUAAGUGAUGUUGCCACCAGACAGGGAGCCAUGGCAACCAACAUAAGUGAUGUUGCCACCAGACAGGGAGCCAUGGCAACCAACAUAAGUGAUGUUGCCACCAGACAGGGAGCCAUGGCAACCAACAUAAGUGAUGUUGCCACCAGACAGGGAGCCAUGGCAACCAACAUAAGUGAUGUUGCCACCAGACAGGGAGCCAUGGCAACCAACAUAAGUGAUGUUGCCACUAGACAGGGAGCCAUGGCAACCAACAUAAGUGAUGUUGCCACCAGACAGGGAGCCAUGGCAACAGACAUCAGUGAUGUUGCUACCAGACAGGGAGCCAUGGCAACAAACAUCAGUGAUGUUGCUACCAGACAGGGUAUCAUAAAGGAUGAUGUCACUGCUGUUAAAGACAAGCUAGAUGUCCUGGCAACAAACACCAGUCGCAAGAAAGAGCUAUCACCAAAGAUAGAGGCCAUGAUAGAAACAACUCAAGCCAUGAUCAAAGAAGAAAACAAGAAGAGGUUCAUUGUCACCAAAGGUUUCUGUGAUGCUAAAGAAAAGCUCCAAAAGAACAGGAUCGUUGUAAUUAAAGGUAACACUGGCGAUGGAAAGACAGCGACAGCUAUUCAACACCUUCACUGGCUGAGUUAUGAGCAAGAAGGGAGACAACCCCUGCAGCUCAACAAUAUGGAGGACUUUGAUUUGCUAGCUCCAAAUUCACAAUUUGUUGUUUUUGUUGAUGAUAUAUUUGGGGAGAAAGUUUUGCAUGAAAAGGAAGUAGGGGAGUGGAACAAAAGGAUCAACUCUGUAAUUCCAAAACUGUGUGGGGAUGAAAAAUCUCAGGCCAAUUUUCUAGUCAUAACGGUUCGUAAUGAAGUAUUUAAUUCUUUAAAAGAGCAUUCUUUGGGAACAGUUUUUGCUGAUCUAAACAUUAUUGAUCUGAGUUCUAACACAUACACAAUUGCAACAGAAAAGAUGGAUCUUUUAGAUCUGUAUGAGCCUAAAAAUGGUAAAUUUAAAUGGACAAGGGAGGAAAAAGAAGUAAUUAUAUUUUGUGCCCCAGACAUUGGAUUCCCACAAUGUUGUUGUUUAUUCAGAGAAUUUCCUGAAUUACAGAAAGAAAGAGUCAAUUUUUUUAACAAACCUCUUAAGUUUUUGAAUGAAGCAUUGUCAAGAUUAGGGGAAUGUUCUGCCCUUUUGUUUCUCUUCCUCAGUGGGGGGAUUUUACCCAUAAAAGAUCUAGAUCCAAACGGUGAUAAGGUCAACAAGACAUUGUUAGAGGAAGCAUUUGAAACUAAUUUCAAUAAUGGUGAAGAUGUGAAAACCACAUUAACUUAUAAGCAAAAAGUAGGAUUUGUAAAGAAAAGUUUAGACACAUUAUCAGGAUUUUUGGUUGUGAAGGGGAAAGAUUGGAUGUCUGGUGAGGAUGUAUACAGAUUUUAUCAUGAUUCUAUAUAUGUGGCAGUGGCACUUUUGUAUGGAAAAAUCACACCUAUUGGCUACAUACAGAAUUGUCCCAGCAAAUCCCUCAGUUAUCUAACAACCUCCACAAACUCUCCAGACGGGAUUGUCAUAUCAUGUGAUCAUUAUACAUACAUGUGUGAACGUGUGCUUAAAGAUUUUGAAACUGAGGAAAUUGAUUACGGUACUAGUAUUGGCUCUCUAUGUGUAUGGAAUGAUCCUGUUUUUGUUGAAAAAUUUGUCAGGUUGUUAAAUGACAGAAGAGUUGAUCAAACUUCUGUAUUGAAUAAAGCAUAUUUAUAUGGUGCAAAGGACUGUGCUUUACAUCUUCUGCGCGAGGGUGUAGAACCUGACAAGGAGACACCAUUUUGUGUGGUUAUCGGAGGGAGUGUGGAAGUGUCACGUAAACUGCUGCAGUAUGGAUGUCAUUUCAACAGCAAGGAAUGAUAAAAAUUACAAUGUCCUG